CCAUCAUGCAGCGCGCACACGUUCCGCCGCUCAGACGCUAUGAGUUGCUCGCCGAGGAGGUGGAGGCGGGGCUGGAAGGAAGAUGGCGACGCUGGUGCUGGAUAACGGCGCCUAUAAUGCCAAGAUCGGCUACAGCCACGCGCACGUCAGUGUUAUUCCCAACUGCCAGUUUAGAUCAAAAACAGCACGCUUGAAAACUUUUACAGCCAAUCAACUGGAUGAAAUUAAAGAUCCCUCCGGACUCUUUUACAUUCUCCCUUUUCAGAAGGGUUACUUGGUGAACUGGGAUGUUCAGAGACAAGUUUGGGAUUACCUUUUUGGGAAGGAAAUGUAUCAGGUGGACUUUGUAGAUACAAAUAUUAUUAUUACUGAACCUUAUUUUAACUUCAGUUCAAUACAAGACUCUAUGAAUGAAAUUUUAUUUGAAGAAUAUCAGUUUCAAGCAGUUCUUAGAGUAAAUGCUGGGGCUCUCAGUGCACAUAGAUAUUUCCGGGACAAUCCAUCCGAGCUAUGUUGUAUCAUUGUGGACAGUGGCUACUCCUUUACACAUAUUGUACCAUACUGCAGAAGUAAAAAGAAGAAAGAGGCAAUUAUUAGGAUUAAUGUUGGAGGAAAGCUCUUAACCAAUCAUCUAAAGGAGAUAAUCUCUUACAGGCAGCUACACGUUAUGGAUGAAACUCAUGUAAUUAAUCAAGUGAAAGAAGAUGUAUGUUAUGUGUCUCAGGAUUUUUACAAGGAUAUGGAGAUUGCUAAGUUGAAAGGGGAGGAAAAUACAGUAAUGAUAGACUAUGUUUUGCCAGACUUCAGCACAAUCAAAAAAGGGUUUUGUAAGCCAAGGGAAGAAAUGGUGUUAAGUGGAAAAUACAAGACUGGGGAACAAAUACUUCGUCUAGCAAAUGAGAGAUUUGCUGUUCCAGAAAUUCUCUUCCAUCCUUCAGAUAUUGGCAUUCAAGAAAUGGGAAUUCCUGAAGCCAUUGUUUAUUCAAUUCAGAAUUUGCCUGAAGAAAUGCAGCCUCACUUCUUCAAGAAUAUUGUACUGACUGGGGGAAAUACCCUUUUCCCAGGCUUCAGGGAUCGAGUCUACUCUGAAGUUCGAUGCCUCACUCCAACUGAUUAUGAUGUUUCUGUUGUUCUGCCAGAAAACCCUAUUACUUAUUCUUGGGAAGGUGGAAAGUUGAUUUCUGAAAAUGAUGAUUUUGAGGAUAUGGUAGUAACUAGAGAAGAUUAUGAAGAAAAUGGACACUGUAUUUGUGAAGAGAAAUUUGAUAUUUAAGAGGCACAUUUGGAGAUAUAGUGAUACUCCACUAUUUCACUUUGAAUGGAACUUAUUUGAACUACAAACUAUUUUAUGUAAAUUAGAACUGUUCUAACUUUCUUUCCUAUAAUUAGGAAUGUACAAUGAAUUAGUGUAAAUAGCUUUAUUUUCACAGAUUUUAAACUAGCACUGAAGACUGUUAUAUAUUGUGCUUUGUCAUUUUAUCUUAUUGUAUUCCAUCCUUACUAAUAUUUUUCAAUAAUUGUGUAAUUUUACUUUAAAAAAGUGAAUUACCUAUUAAUGGCAUGAAAAAAAAUAUUUGAAGAGUAGUGUAAAACAAUUGUAUAGAAGCACUAGUCUAAACUUUAUUUUCUCUUCCACCAUGAAUGCUGUUGUCUUUUUACUGAAAUAGUAUGCAGAAUAAUUUGCAUCAAAUACUCUUUAACCUGGAGCUCAUUUUAACAUGUCCUGGGAGAAAAAAUCCUAUGAAAGGCUUACUCUGACUUCUUGUAAUUAUCUCAGUGAAUGGUUAAACUCAAAGUGUAAUCAUUGCACUGUGGAAUGUACCCCAACUUUCUGAAUAUUUUCUUUUUUUUAAUAAGUUUAGGAUAAAUCUAUACAACAGAGAUUACCCCUUUGCACAGCUCUCACCUGUAGUUUAAAAAACAAAACACAAUUAAGUCUUCAGAUUAACUACUUUGUUAGCCUUCCAGCACUGACUCUAACUCUGCCCUUUAUUUUGAGUAGUGGACUCACCUUUGAAUAUGAAAUGAUUUAAAAAAGUUAGAAUUAUGUAGAGUACACCAACAUCUGAGGUCUCUAUUUUAAUCCUUGUCCUUCCAUACUCUUCCCCCCCCCCCCUUGUUCUCCCUUGCUGUUGCACUUAGUUUAGCUAGUAAACUUUGAUAUAGACCCAUCAAGUACCAUGAAUAUUUGUUAUUGAUGUAUUAAAAUUAAACAUAUUUCCAAUUGGCCUUUGCAAAACAUCUUAAUCGAACUCUCUCAUGUAAUUAUUUAAUUAAUUUGAAAUGUAUAGCCUGUUUCCUUUAUUUAAAAAAAAACAAACUAUCUGGGCUAGGCUACACCUUUGCAUUUCGCAUGCAAUAUAUUGUAGCAUUCUUUCCUUGCCCCAUCUCUUGAGUAUUGUAUGUACUGGAAAGGAAGAGAAUCAUUGGUUACUGAACAAAGUGCGUGUGACUUUACAACAAAAUACUAGAAGUGAUUUAUGGAACAAUCCAGUAAUGGUAGAAUUAGAUAAUUUAGAGUGAGUUCUACAGAUUUAGUUCUGUGUAAAGAACAUAAAUGUCACUAAGCUGGACUCUGAUCUUCAGAGAGAUAUAGUCCAUUUGAGGUGGUGAAAGGGUGGGCUGGCUGUUGGUGGGAAUGAGGUGGCAGAGUUUUCAGACUGGAGUGGAGGGUAAAGAGUGAGAAGGAGAUAAGAGUUUUGUUUUGAACUGAAGAUGUAUUUACCAUUUAAAUAAACUGACAUUGGAGGCCAGGGCUUAGACAGUUGUGAGCCAGAUCUAAUGCAGCAUGAAUGCUAGACACAAACCCCGGAAAGGCACAGCACUAACAAGUCCAGGGCAGUUUGCCCUACUUCUUACAAGGCUUGAAACAGCCAAGCACCCACGUGGGGUGCAGGAAGUGCGAACCACAGCAGCCAUGCUAGGCCUGAACAGUUAUUCCAUCUCCUCCUCCUGCCUGGGGAGCUGCUGUUUGUUUCUCACCCACGGUACUGGCUGCUGGGCAGGUAAAAGGGAAGUAACUAAGUGAUUCAAGAGAGCUCUGAGUAGCAUCAGACUAUGAUUAGUGAAUUAAGGGGCAAGGCACUAUGAAUAAUUAGUCAGUGAGACUAGAUCAGUUACCAAAAAAAAUCAAAUGGGUAGGAAUCACAGAUGGUCAUAUAAGUAUUCGAAAAAUUAGACUACUACUCACAGACAGACAAUUGCAAAUAGGUGGAUUAACAAGGCAAACAAACCUUAAAGUCCAGAAGAGUCAGCCAAGAACUAUAACAUAGGGAGAGGAGCAAAGGUUAAGUGACAGAAGUUUCCUGUCAAAAUUAAAAAGUCUAAGUAUUGAUACAAAGGCCAGAAUUUGUCAUUUAAUGCACUGCCUCUGGGUGGCAAAACAUUUUUUGUCCCUCCUUUAAAGGGAAGGGGCAGGGCUCUCUAGAAGAUGGAAAUGACAUGGCAGAGCAACUUGUGGGCCACUAGCUGGGUCUGAAGAUCUGGGUUAGGUGUCUACAUAUUCCGUAGAGUUUCAUUGUGCCUUCAUUCAGAAUUGCUACUUUAUACAAGUUGUAGCUAAUGCUAUUUAAGAGCAGGCACUUGGGGACAAAACAAUGGCAAGACAAGAAUAGCAAAACCUCUAUUUCCCAAAGGAAAGUGGGAAUCUAGGCAGGGACAUUAGCUUCCAUUUUAAAGUCUCUUCCACAGCUCCAUUUUGUGUGCAGCUUAAGACUUCAUUCAGUUCUGAAUUAACAAAUUUGGUUACAAGGUGAAGGUUAAAUUCUGUAUGUGAGAAUACUUUCUUCUACCAAGUAGUUACAGAACACAGUCUCACUUAAGAUCUUAUAUCAAGUGUACUUACCAUGUUUUUGAAAUUUUAAAGUUUGUGGAUAUCUGUUAUGAUCUGCAUUUGUAAGCUGAUAAUGUCAGGAGUGGCAGAAAUGAGUUUUAGCUGAGACUUUUAAAAAAUGUAAAGAUACUGUUUCCAUAGCAAUAGGUAUUCAGCCCUCUUGCUAGCAGCAGAACAUUAUCCAUCACUAAGUUUUUGUCAUGGAUAUUUUUAGUAAAAGUCAUGGACAGGUCAUGGGAAAUUAACAAAAAUUCAUGGCACCCUGUGACCUGUCCCUGACGAGAGAGAGGUGAGUUCAGCACCCAUUGCUGCUGCUGGGGCUCCCAGGUCCCCCACUGAUGUGGUGCGUGGUAUGUCUGGAGUCCCCCUGCUCCUGGAGCUGGGAUGCUGUGGGGGGUCCCCUUGCCUGAGCAGCUGGUAGCUGCAGAGUCCCCCAGCCACUGGCUCUGGCUGUAGCUGGGCAGAUGCGGGGGGUCCACCUGCCACUGGGCAGCUGUGCCAGGUCCGUCCGGCUGCUGCAGCUAAACUGGGUC